CUGUGCUGUGUGAUCAGGUCUGCUGAGCUGGCUGAGAGAGGAGGCACAGCUGAAGAAGAUGGUCCUGGUUGUUGUUUUCAUGGCCUUGUUUCUGGAUCACAUGCUGCUGUCUGUAGUCGUUCCCAUCCUUCCCAGUUACCUGUAUGGAGUUGAACAUGCUGACUCUGCAGUCAGGAACACAUCCGGGGUUUUCCCUCCUCUAGACCAGGAUCCAGCUCCCUCUGUAAAUUUCACCACGGCCCCAAACUCCUCCAGAUCUAACUGCUCUGAAGCCGGGGCCGAGCUGGACCAAGUGAACAUCAAGGUCGGACUUCUGCUGGCCUCCAAGUCCACCAUCCAGCUCAUCGUGAACCCGUUUGUUGGACCGCUCACUGACAGGAUUGGAUACCACAUCCCGAUGUGUGCAGGUUUUUGCAUCAUCACAUUGUCGACCACCUUGUUUGCCUUUUCAUCAAGCUUCAUCUUACUGCUGCUGGCCAGAGCGGUGCAGGGUGUGGGAGGGUCCUGCUUGUCUGUGGCAGGAAUGUCUAUGUUGGCAGAUAUGUACAAAGAUGAGAAGGAGCGAGGGCGUGCGAUGGGAAUCUCCUUCACCGGUCUGGCUUUAGGGUUGAUAGCGGGCGCUCCUUUCGGCAGUGUGAUGUUUCAGUUUGUGGGGAAGAUGAGUCCGUUCCUGGUCCUGGCAGUCAUCGCCGUGUUGGGUGGAGGUUUACACACCCUCAUCUUUCAACCAUCACAGGUGAAAACUCAGAUGGAAAAGGGGACGCCGCUGCUGACUCUCCUGAGGGAUCCAUACAUACUUAUAGCUGCUGGAGCUAUCUGUUUCACCACUCUGGCCAUCGCUGUGAUAGAGUCCGCCCUGCCCGUCUGGAUGAUGAAGACCAUGUGUGCAAGCAAAUGGCAACUAGGCAUCGUCUUCCUGCCGGACAGCUUAUCCUACCUCAUAGCAUCAAACAUCUUCGGUCACCUGUCACAGAAACACAACCAGAGCUGGCUCUAUGCUUGUGUUGGGAUGAUCAUUACAGGAAUAACCUCAAUAUCUUUUGGGUUUUCCACAAACAUCUAUCACUUGCUUCUUCUCAAUGCGUUUAUCGGCUUCUCAGUUGGCACAGUGGACUCCUCAAUCAUGCCCCUCAUGGGUAACUUGGUCGACCGGAGAUAUGAGCCAGUCUAUGGAACUGUUUACGCCAUCGCUGAUGUCGCCAUCUGCAUCGGAUUCUGCGUGGGUCCAGCGAUCAGCGGCCCCAUAGUGGCCUCGAUCGGCUUCCCCUGGCUCAUGGUCAUAGUCGGGGGAGUAAAUAUAGUCUUCGGUCCAAUCUGCAUCUUCCUGUUCGGACCGACUCGGCAGGCGGAACAGCUGCUCAUACUCAAAGGAAAUUAAGGAAACUCCUCAUGGUGGGAACGGCUUCUUUCCACUCCACAGAACUAACUGCUCUUUGGUGGCUCUCUGAAUCUAAAGGACCUAAAGGACCUGAAGGACCUGAAGGACCUGAAGGACCUAAAGGAUUCAGUCCUGUCCCAGUAUGAACUUCUCUACUUCUCAGGACAUUAACAUCUCGUAACACGUUUCUUUGAACGUCCCAUGUGUUUCUGCUUUUGUUUGUUUCCCACACAAACAUGGAUAGUCUUUAAAAAAGAGAGGAAGGGAUGAGCACUGGGGGAAAGUUCAAACUUUGGUUUCCAGAACAGAAUGUCAUGUAACUGCUGAUGUAUGAAGCCCCUCCCCCUUACCUGACGAAGCAAUAAAGAUAAAGCAGCACUUACAGGA